GUACUCCUAGAUAUAUAAUUGCCUCAUAUACCACUCUUUUCCUUCAAUUUACAAUGGGCCUCUAACUCCAUUGUUAUUAUAUAAAGCCUUAUUGCACCAAUACAUAAUAACUACCACCAUCUUCUUCUUCUUUUCCACCUUACUUGGUAAGAUAGAGAACAUAUAAGAUUUUCUUAUAUAAUGGAGCAAAAGGUAGCGGCGCAUGUUAUUGGCGUACUAGAAGACGACUUAAAGAUGGAGUUAGAUAGUAGUAGUAUUCAUUAUUGGAAUAAUAUUAUGAUGAAUAACACUACUAUUAAUUCUAGUAGUGAGAAUGUAAUUAUUAAUCAUGAUGUUGGGAAUAGCAGUAAUAUGAUUUAUCCAAACUCUCUCUUGAGCAAACGCCAAAUGAGAUCCCUCACCGCAGUCUGCGACACAUUGUUACCAUCCAUCGACGCUUCCGACCACACCACCGACGACGCUGUACUCAAAUUCUACGCCACCUCCGCUUCAAUGGACCAAACUCCACAACACAUAGGUGGGCUGAUUAGCCAAAAAUUGAAACACCCAAAGGUGUGGCUGCUGAAAGUGGCAUUGUGGGCGCUGUCUACAUGGUACGGAACGCUCAUCCUCUGCGGAACAGCCAGCCUUUCCUCCUCUUUCCCGUACUUUCAAACCUUUCCUAACCUCUCUCUCCAGAAACGCCUCCAGAUUCUGGAAUCAUGGUCUCGCAGUUACUUUUUUCUUCUUCGUCUUCUCUUCAAGGUCCUCAAGAUUCUCACUCUCCUCGUCUUUUUCACCCAGUUGGAUGAGAAAACAAGCGACAACAUUUCAUGGAAAGCAAUUGGCUACACUGGACCCGAUUCUAGUACAACUACUGAUCAUGACCAAAAACAACAAUCGGAGGAACACUCAGAAGACUCAGAACAACACUUCGGGCCUCUUUACAGCGGAAUUGUAAAUCUCAACAAUCCGGAAAGCAUAUCUAAUCUAAGGAUCUUCGGAUUUCCAUCCCAAUCACGUCCAAGACCCGCCACAACAACCUCACUCAACAAUCCUUUCCUAACCAUUAAAUGCGAUGUGGUCGUGGUUGGUUCCGGUUCUGGAGGCGGUGUGGUGGCGGGCGCCCUUGCUAUGGCAGGUUACAAAGUACUAGUUCUUGAACAAGGAAAUUACUACGCCAGAAAAAACCUCACACUUCUCGAAGGGCCCACCAUGGACAACAUGUACUUGUCCAAUGGUUUGAUGGCCACCGACGACAUGCAAGUUUUGUUGCUGGCCGGUUCUACAGUGGGAGGCGGCUCUACUAUCAAUUGGUCAGCCUCAAUUCGCACCCCUGAGCAUGUUAUGAAGGAAUGGUGUGACCGGUGUGAGCUCGAGCUCUUCGGCAGCCAAAUGUACCGAGAAGCGUUGGAUGUGGUGUGCGAAAGAAUGGAAGUACAGUCAGAGUUUACAGAAGAAGGCUUCAACAACUCAAUUCUAAGAAAAGGGUGUCAACAACUAGGUCAUUCCGUCCAUAACAUCCCGCGAAAUGCACCAGCCAAUCAUUAUUGCGGCUGGUGUUGUUUCGGCUGCAAAGACGGGAAGAAGAAAGGAACGUCCGAGACAUGGUUGAAGGACCUCGUUGACUCUGGUAACGGAGUCAUUCUCCCAAGCUGUGAGGCCGUAAAAGUAUUGCACCAUAGAAAGAAAGGAAGAGCGCGAAGUACCGCAAAGGGAGUGGCCUUCCACUUCCAAAAUAAAUCAGGGAAGAAAGAAAUGUGCAUUGUAGAGUCCAAGGUGACUGUGGUGGCAUGCGGGGCUCUUAGGACUCCAACACUUUUGAAAAAAAGUGGUGUAAAGAAUCCCAAUGUAGGAAAGUACUUGCAUCUUCACCCGGUUGUGAUGGCAUGGGGCCAAUUUCCGGAUAUGGAUAAGAAAAGCUACGAAGGAGGGAUCAUGACAACAAUGUCGAGUUUGGAGGAUAAGUCAGGAUAUGGAGUUGUUAUACAGACGCCGUCUCUUCACCCUGGGAUGUUCUCGAUUCUGAUGCCAUGGAUUUCAGGAAAAGAUAUGAAAGAUCGAAUGCAAAUGUUUUCUAAAACAGCUCAUGUGUUUGCGUUAGCAAGGGACAAAGGUUGUGGAAGAGUGAUGUCUGAAAGUUCUAUUGGGUAUGAGUUCGAACAGGAAGACGAGGAGAAACUUCAAAGAGGAGUGGAGAAGAUUCUAAGAAUAAUGGCGGCUGCGGGGGCCGAGAAGAUUGGAACACACAAUAGAGAAGGGAGGAGCAUUAAUGUAAGAACCUCAAGCAAUGAUGAGUUGGAGAGGUUUAUAAAAGAGGAGAGUAGGAGGCCAAUCAAUGGGCUUUCAUCUCCCGUUUGUUCGGCUCAUCAAAUGGGGAGUUGUCGAAUGGGAGUGAGGGCGGAGAAGUCAGUGGUGGAUCAGACUGGGGAGAGCUGGGAUGUUGAGGGACUGUUCUUGGCUGAUACAAGUGUGUUUCCCACUGCUCUUGGAGUUAAUCCAAUGGUCACUGUUCAGGCACUUGCUUAUUGCACAGCCCAAUCAAUUCUUCAAGUUUUAAGAAGGAAGAAAUUAACCUUUAAUUAAUUAACCACUUCUUACUUCUCAAGUGGACUUAUUUAAAUAUUAUAGUUAUUUGUUGGGCUUUCUGCCUUAAAUAAAACUAUAUUUCAAUGUAAUAUUUUCUAUUCAAUUAUCAAUAAAGAAACAGAUGUAAUUUCA